AGUAUCAACAGUCGAUAAUAAGUAGUGAACGUGGUCUGACACACUACCAAAUAAAGUCCAUCCGCGAACAGACGAACCGAAAUAGUUUCUUUUUCGUUUUCGUUCCUUUUUGUAAUUUGUUUCUAAAUAUAAUUUUAUUUUUAUAUAGUAAAUUUAAUAUAAAAUAAAUAAAAAUGAAACUCCACAGCAAAGUCUUCUUCUUCGUUUUGGUUGUACUUGCGAUUGUCAGCACAUCGGUGUUCGCGGAGGAGGAACCGAAGAGGAAUUCAAUUUUGAAGAGGCCAGCUUCGCGUGCCGCCCCUAAGACUACAACCACAACAUUGGCGCCGGCGGAAGGAGAAGAAGAGCAGGUUGGCGAAGAGGAAUAUGACAAUCAGGAAUAUGGCAAUGAGGGCGAAGGUGAAUCAGCUGAUGCUACAUCAAGCUCCACGACCACAUCAACAGAGCCACCAAAAAAGAUUGGACCCAUGAUUAGGCCUUUCCGUACAAACGAUGAUUUUCUCACCUCACUUAAGCGUCGUCAGCAAAAUGCUAAGAAAGCCUUAAAGGAAAAACCUACCCCAAAGGCAACAAGAACUGACGAACCUAAAGGUGAUGAGGAAGAAAGUGAUUCAGCACCAGCCCCAGCUCCAACACAGUCAAAAUUCAAGGGAAACUCAGCUCUUAGCCGAAGAAAGCCAUCAAAACCUGUUAAGACCGAAUCUGAAGAUGAAGCUGUUCAAGGUGAAGAAUCAGCACCAUCACCAUCACCUGUCGGAAGACGUCCAGGCCGUUUAGGAUUAAAGCCACGAAAUUAAUUUUAUUUAGAAUUUAAGACUUAAACAAAUAAAAAGAUUUCUAUAAUUUCUUUUGUUAAUAAUAUAUUUUUUAUGUACAUAAAGAAAAUUUUGAAAAUUUAA